GUCCUUCCUGCCUUGAGCCGCUGCGCCAACCUCCUCACAUAAACCGACCGCUGGAGGAAAAAAACGAUAAAUUAACACGAAAUCCUCCCCAAACCGACCGGGUCCCGGGAGUUAUGAUGGGCGGUAAGACUAGCGCGCUAGCCGCGGGGGUGUGCGGGGCUCUCUUUGUCGGUUACUGCAUCUAUUUCGACAGGAAAAGACGGAGUGACCCCAACUUCAAGAACAGGCUGCGAGAACGGAGGAGAAAGCAGAAGGCAGCCAAAGAGAGGGCGGGCCUGGCAAAGCUCCCAGACCUGAAGGAUGCUGAAGCGGUGCAGAAGUUCUUCCUGGAGGAGAUCCAGCUGGGGGAGGAGUUGCUGGCUCAGGGAGACUAUGAGAAAGGUGUGGACCACCUGACCAACGCCAUUGCGGUGUGUGGUCAGCCUCAGCAGCUCCUGCAGGUGCUGCAGCAGACUCUGCCACCGCCUGUCUUCCAGAUGCUGCUCACCAAACUGCCCAGCAUCAGCCAGCGCAUUGUGAGUGCACAGAGUUUGAGCGAGGAUGAUAUAGAAUGAGAGAUCGAGAGAUCGCCUCCCCCUCUUCCUCCUCAUGUGGACUUCUCCCUCUAUUACAACCUGCCAACGCCUCGGCCUCCAUCACUCCGGCCGACGUCCUCCACUUCCCAUCAAGGCAUCCUAAAGGGAAUUAGUUUUUUAUUCCUGGUUCAUCCAAGACAGUAGUUUUUUUUGUUUUGUUUUUUUACUUAAAUUACCCAUUUUGGGGUAUUAAGAGUAACUCAAUCACAAAGCCCAGAGAAAUACAAGAGCCCGUCCCUGUUCCACCAUCAUUAGGUAUGUACUAAUUAACUGGACUGGGUGAAAACAUCAAUCAGCUCCUUCCUUCAGGGUGGUGAAGCACACAUCCUGACAGCAUUAUGAACCAGGUUUACACUGUCUGACAUGUUGUCAACCAUCUUCAUGGAUAUCAAUAGUAGAAAGUUACAGGAAUCUUCUCUCUGCUCGGAGGCUUCAGUAUUUAUUGUUUUGUUAUCAGUCGUCUUUCUGUUUGGUCUAGACUUGCAAACACUUUUUAAAAAGUGAUGAAAUAUUUUGUUCAUUUUAAAGAGGACGGCCCUCUUUAGGAAAAAAAUAAAGAAAAUGUGAAUGA